GUCGGCCGAUGCCUUUCGAAUAUCCUUCCUUUGCCUCCCGAUUCUCCAUUCACUACACAAAAACAAGAGAGCCAGCACGCACACAACUCGAACCUGCGUUUUCUGAAGCAAAGCACAAAUAUCCCGGUGUGUGUGUGAGGGUAUACCACAACCGAAUCGCCAGAGUCUGUGUUUCGCCAGAGUCUGUGUUUCGCCAUCGUCAUCGACCCCCAUCAUCCGACAUGUCAUCCUCAUACUUUGACAUCGACGACCUCCCGGGCCCGUCCAACCGGCGCAGCAACAAGAACCGCGAGAUAUACAUCGCCGCCGCGGACUCGGGACUUGUGCCUGGUGCGCCGGGCGUGCCGGGUGAGCUCGUGCAGGUCGGGCAGGGGCAAGAGCAGGAGGGGAAAGAGCAUAUUCAGGAGGGCGAGCCGAGUAAUUUGAUGUCGCCUGGUAUCGUGCCUAGCAUGCCGAAUAUUUUCAUGAACGGCGCGGGUGAUGACGCGACGCAACGACUUCUCCAAUUCCAAAACCAACAACUUCACUACAACGAAAACCGCACGGCCCUCGGCCGCGCAAUCACAACAGUAAUGGCAAUGCUCAAAGAGCUCCAGGCCAAAAACCACGUCUGGCCCGCGCACUACCCCAGAUUCGGCCGGUCCGCGCCUCCCGAGCUGCCGUCCACGCCGCCAGCCGAGGCCGACGAAGACGAAGGGAUCGACCUGCCAGAUCGGCCGAACCUGCGGCGCGCCGCGACAGAGGUUCCAUCGGCGUCGGCGCGCGCGAACGGAAAGGGCAAGGCGAUUGACGAGACGCCGCAGACGCCGCCGUCGCCGGCUUCGGGAUCGGACGUGCCGCCACGGCUGAUGAGCAGCGAGCUCUUGCACGAGUUCAACGUGCUCAAGCUCGAUCUCAAGCUCGGCACCGUGAGUCCCGCGCAGCUCGUGCAGAGCCUCGAGAAGACCGCUGUGGCGUCGUUGCUGGACGGCAAGAUCGCGCAGGCGCUCAAGCAUCUGCUGUCGCUGCGGGAGCGGAUCGAGGAUACGGCGUCCAAGGUGCUGAUCACGGGCGAUUUGAACGCGGGGAAAUCGACGUUUUGUAACGCGUUGCUGAGGAGGAACUUGUUGCCUGAGGAUCAGCAGCCGUGCACGAACGUGUUUUGCGAGGUGCUGGACGCGCAGAUCAACAACGGCGUCGAGGAAGUCCACGCGAUCCCGCACGGCUCGACGUACAGCAUCAAGGACGAGCGGACGUACGAUGUCUUCCCACUCGACGCGCUCGAGCGGCUGGCGGUCAGUCCUGAGACGUACGUGCUGCUGAAAGUGUACAUUGAAGACAAGCGGCCGGCGGAGGAAAGUCUGCUGCGGAACGGCGUGGUUGAUAUCGCGCUGAUCGACGCGCCGGGGUUGAACAUGGACUCGAUGCAGACGACGGCGGUGUUUGCGCGGCAGGAGGAGAUUGACGUUGUCGUGUUUGUGGUGUCGGCGGAGAACCACUUUACGUUGUCUGCCAAGGAGUUUAUCUGGAACGCGGCGCAUGAGAAGGCGUUUAUUUUCAUCGUCGUGAAUAGGUUUGAUAAUAUCAAGGAUAAGGGCCGGUGUUCAAGAUUGAUUCUGGAGCAGGUCUCGAAGCUGUCGCCGCAGACUUAUGAUGAUGCCGAGGAUCUCGUGCACUUUGUGAGCUCGAAUAAGGUGCCUAUUGGCAGCAGCGGCGGCAGUCCUGACGAUGACGGCGACGACGACAACAACAACGACCGUAAUAACAACGACGAUGACGACCUAGCUGAUUUCGACCGGCUAGAACGAUGUCUGCGCAACUUUGUGCUCGAGAAGCGCGCGAUCUCAAAGCUCGCUCCCGCAAAGACCUACCUCCUGAAUCUUCUAGGCGACGUCGAAGCGCUGGGCUCGUACAACGAGGAUGUGUCGCGGAGCGAAGUGGCGCGGUUGAAGAGCGAGCUCGAGCAGAUUGCGCCGGUGUAUGAGAGCACGCUUGCGAGCAGUGUCGCGGUCUCGGAGGAGGCGGACGCGGGGAUCGAGAAGACUGUGAGCAGCGUGUACGAGCACACGCGGUUCAAGCUCGAGGACGUGAUUAAGAACAUCAGCGAUGUGAAGCAUGUCGAGUACCCGGGCCUGCUGUUUGUGUACUCGUACGCGUCUGAUAUGAGGGACGCGAUGCUGGUGACGCUGCAGCAGAGCGUGCUCGAGUGCGAGGAAUUCGCGCGCAAGAAGACGACCUCCGGGUUUAACGUGCUGAAAGGGAUGGGUCUGCAGCAUUUCCAAGGCACGCCGUAUUACACCGAGAAAGUGUUCAACAGCAGCAUGAUGUUUUCGCGCAAAAAGGACUUGCUCGCGCGCGGGUCUGUGUCGGCCGACAUCGAGCUCGCGGAUUUCUUUGAGCUCGAUCAGAGCGAGAAGCUGUCGAGCAUGGGCAUGUCGCUCACGCUUGCGACGGUGGCGGGCACGGGCGCGUUCGGCGUGCCGACGACGUUCUACAGCAGUCUCGCGAGCACGACGUCCGCGAUCGGCUUCCGGAACCUGAAGAACUGGAUCAUGCCCGCGCUCACGGUGGCGCUAUUUGCCGGGGUCGUGUAUUUUGUCCGGGAGGUGCCGAACGUGGUACCCCGAAAGAUCGCAAAGAAACUGCACCGCGAGCUGGUGGCGGUCGACUACGUGCACGCGAACGCGGAGCGGAUCGCGAGCGAGUGUCGGAAAGUGCUCAAGUUCCCCAGCGAGGACUUGAGGCGGGCGUUCCAGGCGAUGCUGGACGAGCAGGCGACGCAGAAGUCUGAUCGCACGAGGCAGAUUGCGCAGGCGGAGGACGCGCUGAGGUAUUUUGCGAGGGUGCAUAAGGAGGCGGCGAAUAAUCGGGUUAUGAUUUCAAAGUUUGAUUUGGAGAGCGUGCCGGUGGAGAGUGAGCUCGCGGCGCGGGAGGAGUAGCUUACGAGUAUAAUAAUGAUCCCCAUUCUACAUAUAU